CGUAAUAGGAGAUCGAAUCUCGGGCAUAAGUACCUUGCGUCUGCUGGUCUUCUACUACUUCUCUCAUCCAGCAGCAUCGCAUUUCACAACAACACACUCGUUGACAUCCCAUCCAAACGAUUUACCACACACAUAAUUCAUAAUGAAGGCCUCCGUGAUCUGCGCAUCCGUCCUCGCCGGCUUUGCCGCUGCCGCCCCAGAGGCCAGCAAGAAGUACAAUGGCACCCCAAGCAAGCCAGUGUACGACAAGGACUGCGACAAGAAUGGAUACUACAAGGGCGCUAAGGGCUUCCCAAUUCCAUUCACCAGCACCUACCGCGUCAAGGCCGUUCCAGAGGAGGUCGUCAACAUGAUGAACGCAAAGACCGGCGGUCUCCCAGGUGCCGUCGGCUUCUACGACCUCGGCAUCAACAGCGAGCUCGACACCAUCUGCUACUACAUCCGCCUCUACAACAUCCGUGGCGAGUACGUCUCCCCAGCCCGCACCGCCACCCACAUCCACGAGUCUGCUCGCGGCCAGUCUGGUCCACCAAGAAUCGCAUUCCCCAACCCACAGCCAGUUGCUGGCAAGAACUACCGCGUCUCCGUCGGCUGCAUGACUGGUCCAUUCAUCACUGGUCUCACCAACAACGCCACUGGCGAGGACCAGGGUGCUGGUUUCCGCGUCGCUCAAAUCGAGGCCAACCCUAAGGGAUUCAACGCUGAUGUCCACACCAACUUUGCCGACCCAGCACAGGGUAUCAACGCCACUGCUGGUGCCGUCCGUGGCCAGCUCGCAUACUAGACGCUUUCGCCGCGGUUCUAGGGGGAUGACAAUGUUGCUGUUGUUUGAAAAAAUGAGAUGUUGCUGUACAGCAUGUGCAAUACCAUUGCGCAGACAUACCUAUUUCGUAUCUAUAUCUCGAUGGUGUGGUGGAGGAUGAACAGGCCCACCGGCAUGUCGUGUAUUGGACGACGGACGACGACAAAAAAGACCAGCUCGUAGCUACAGGCGAUACGCUCAGUUCUUAAUGUAUGGUUACGAAAUCUCACUACCACGCCCUCUCUAUUUCGCUUCUUGUUCGCUUCGUUGCAGUACAAUCCUGUAGCGAUCAUAUUCAAUUCUUUGCUGCUGUUACUUCUGCUAUAUUCGCCAUCAUUCCGUUUCGUCUCUGUUCUAGCUCGAGCGGCUUGUUCUUCGGCACGCGCCAGAUCUUCAAAGUUCAGACCUUCACACGAUGUGAGGUACCUUUUGCGGAGCUCAGAGCUCUCCACAAAAAAAGUGUAUGCACGUUUCCUGCAUGAAAUUUUGGGGAACCUUGAAGCAUA